GCCUUGCGCUGAACUGGUACCAUCGGAGAAAUGGUUCCGGCGAGAUGAACGAAAGAACAUUCACCAAAUCGAGUGCGUUCAACAUCCGAACAACCAGAAUCAGUGGUACUUUCAGAGGUAAAGGACCGCGUCUACAACACCAAAUUAAAUCAGAUUUUCAAAUUGAGUUUUUCCUCCAAAAUGAAUUACUUUCGUAAGAAAAUUGCCGUGGAAACUUUGAGUGCCAAUGGGAAGAAACUAGACGGGAAAGUGUAUACUCCGAAGCAAAAAGUUCAAAAGAUAAUGGGGACUUUAUACAAAGCGAUCCAUCAAGCGGUUCUACGUGCAACAGCCAUCAUACUUAACUUGGUAAUUGUAGGAUGGCUUUCUGUUUACUACACAAUCGAAGCUGCCGUGUCCAAUUUGACCCCAGCAAGCCUCAGGACUCUCAAGUCGUUAGGAGGAAGAACUGUUUUGGUAACUGGUGGUGCGGGCGGCGUAGGACAAGAACUUGUUAUUCGAUUAGCUCGUCAGAAAGCAAAAGUGGUUGUAUGGGAUGUAAAUGAAAAAGCAAUGUCUACCUUGAAGGACCGAGUGGCAGCGGAAGGUUUUAAAAUAUAUACCUACGCAGUGGACGUAUCCGAUAAGCAGAGCAUCUAUAAAAAUGCUGAAACUGUUAAGGAAGAAGUUGGUCCAGUCGAUAUCCUAAUUAACAAUGCAGGAAUCGUUUGCGGUCAAACUUUAUUGGAAUUGCCUGAUUAUAUGAUCGAGAAAACUUACAAAGUCAACACACUAUCUUGCUAUUGGACUGCAAAAGCAUUUUUGCCUGACAUGAUUAAGCAUGGAAGAGGGCACAUCGCUACAGUAGGCAGCCUUACAGGACUUCUAGGGGCUUACAACUGUACAGAUUACAGUGGUUCGAAAUAUGCCACUAUUGGAUUCCACGAAAGUUUGUCCACUGAACUGAAGAGUUUGGGCUACGAUAAAAUCGGCCUUACCAUGGUGUGCCCCUAUUUUAUCAACACUGGAAUGUUUGAUGGCUGCAAACCAAGUAUCCCCAUGCUGGAGCCUAAAGGGGUGGCAAAAAGGGUCAUUCUUGCCAUUCGGCAAAAUGAAGAAUUCUGCACGAUUCCGUCGCGUUUUAAUUAUUUAUUGCCGCUGAAACACUAUCUCCCAAACAAACUCGGUUGGUUGUUACAAUUCAGAGUGCUUCGAACGCCACACGCCAUGAAAACAAUGAGGAAAUUCAACGAAGUGGAAGCUGCUUAAGUGCAUUGAAAUAUAUUUAUUCCAGAUUAUUGCUAAAUUUUGCAAAUAAGCCACAUUUAUACGUAGAUUAGUGAUGAAUCUCAAUAAAAGCUAAUCCAAAAAAAAUCAGUUGCCAACGCAGAACUAACAAACGAGAUUAAAUUCAACAGGAAAACAUUAAGAGGAAAGGAAUGGUUGACAUAAAAAAACGCAAUUAACAA